AUGUUAUUGGCGUGUGUUCUGCGGGUCGUGCGGUGCUACAGCUCCGGAAAGGUGACUGGGGCGUGUGACAAUAUGACACCGCAACACAAACCAGGCGCGCAGCAAAGCACCGCUCCAUUCAGAGUCACCACUGACCGUAUCAGCUUCAAGGAGGGCGAUGAAAUCAUAGACACAAACCCCCCAGAGUUACCUCCACCAUCUUUGGUGUUCCUGGUGUCCCUUGUGUCUCUGAAGCUUCUUGGAGUGGAUGCUGCAGGUCGUGGUGGGCCCCCUUUUUGUAUGUUGAGGUACUGCAGUGCCAGCUUGUACGACGGCAUCUUCGGCUCCUUCCUCAGGAAUGCUGGAGGGUUGACGUUGGUGCUGCUGGACUGGUCUCCUGGUGCUGGGGUUGAGAAUUCUGCAGUUUCUCACACAUCAGGUUCAUCUAAAUCCUCCAUCCAGGCAAUAUGGAGGGCCCCCACAUCAGGCAACCUCGGCUCCAUACAAUUCAGUGCAUCCUUUGUAAAAGAUUACUCCACCUUCUGGGUUGGAGUAAGAAGUUCUCCAGUUACAUACAUCACUGCUGUAUCCCCAGCUAACAGCACAUCCACACCCAUCACCUCUACCACCUCCUUCGCCUUAUCCUCAAAAUUGUCCAACUCCAGCGCUGGAUGUGGCAGCAGUAAGGUCUGUUUUAUCCAACCUCUGAACUGUGACCCUGGGGUCAGCCCAGACUGUUACUUCCUGUCUGCUAUGACCUCUCCCGGUGAUACAGCCGUCCAGUUGGAGAUGACCGGCCCUUCAGAUGGCUACAUCGCCAUCGGCUUCUCAGAUGACCAGAGGAUGGGAAAUGAUGACAUCUAUAUUUGUGGACGGGACAGUGGCGGGCUCAUCCAAUUGCAACACGCCUUUUCAACAGGAAGGAAUAUACCGGAUAUACUUCCUCUGGGAAAUGUUUCUGAUGUUAAAUCCUCAGUGAAUAAUAAUAUAAUUAGCUGUUCCUUCACGACUAUGAACCCCAUCUCAACUCAACGAUCUGCAGGGUCCAGUUCCCUCUACUAUCUCAUGAUCGUUCACGGGCCCACCAGUAAUGGGAUAAUCGGGUUUCAUACUGGCACCUUCAUCAGUGACACUAAAGUGGAUAUUUCAAGUCCUCAAGUUGCUACAAGUGAAAAUGAGCCACCCAUUAUUAAAGCACAUGGUUCCUUGAUGUUGAUAGCGUGGAUGACCACAGGUAGUUUGGGAAUGAUCAUAGCCAGGUAUAUGAAAGGUGUGGCCAAGGGGAAACAUCAUUUUGGGAAAGAUGUUUGGUUUCUGAGUGACUGGGAGAAAGUGUCAAGCAGGCGGUCACUUGUGUUUGCGAGGAGCUAUACUGUUAAGCAAGCAGACUGA